AUGGCUGCUCAUGAACCUCUAACUUUAGCUCGAGGUAAAUAUUUCUUGAACACUUCUUAACGCAAAACUAUUUUCAAUUUCAGACGAUGAAUUGACUUAACAGAAUCUUGCUUGAGCAACUGUAUUAUGCACUGAGAUCGAAUGCCAUCUUAAUACACAUUCGAUUAAUUUAUUUUGCUCGCCUUGUUAUAAGCUUCGAUCUCAUAACUUCAAUAGCAGUCGUGAGGUUUGUGUUUCGACUAUAUUUGGAGGGAUUAGAUUUACUUGAAUAAGUAGAAAAUGUACUUUUUCCAUGAUGUAUCCCAAUGCGGUUCACUCUAUGCUUCGUUGAGGAGAAAAACGCACUAAAAUUCGAAAUCUUUGUGUUGUUAUUGUUGAAAACAUCUCUGGAUUGUCGUCCUUAGUAUGCCCUUACGUCACAAGCUCGCCUGUAUAGUUGAGAUAUUUUGGUAGGUUGUGUCUAUACUGGCCUAUCGUUCAUUAAAAUGGGUGUGGAGCGUAUUUCCCACGAUAGAAAAGUCCUUAUGAAUUGAUUAUAUGGGGAGGCAAUUUCGUCGUAAUUGCACUAGUUUUUCUUUAAGGCCUAAAUAUUACAGGGCAGAGAUUCGCAAUUUAGUCAACUGUAAAUUUUUCAGGUCUUGUAUGAUUUUAAGGAAAACCAUGAUGUAGCAUGUGUAAAUCUAUGCUGAGAGAAGUUUUAAAACCAAUUAAAGAACUCUUUUCUCUAACUGUAGAUGUUAAUCGUGCCAUUGAGCUGAUUGAAAAGCUACGCUCUAGUAAGUAACAUUUUUAUUUGUAAAUACCAGCUUUGUUGAUAGUGGUAAAACAUGUGUUAUGGUGUGUAAUACUAUUUACUCUGUUACUAAAAUCAUUGUUUUCCAGGUGGUGAUAUUCCUCCAAAGAAACUUGAAGCUUUGCAAAAAGUUCUUCAGAGUGAAUUUUGUAAUGCCAUCCGUGAGGUAAGCCAAAUGUUGUGGACUCACUAUGCUCAGCUAAGUGAGUCCACAAAAAAUUUUGUCCACUGUGGUAAUGAAGGUUGUUGUUGAUAAGAGUACAGACCAUGCUAAACCACUGCUGAUUUGUUUUUUACGGCAAUAUAGAUGUCAAAUAAAACGAUUCUUUCAGUGCACAACCAUAGUGUAACACAUAAACGUGAGCAGCUCUGUACUGUAAUUGGCAAUGGCAAAUUGGCCAGUUAGAUUGCAACAUUACUUCCCAUUGUGCUAAAAUCUUUUGUUCCCAAGAAUUUAGCAAGUUUUAGCAGCAGGCCAUGUCAUGUUGAAAUUCAACUCCUGAUAAGCCAGUUUCCAAUAAGCAUGUAUAGACAUAUACUAUUUCAAUGACAAUUUACCUUCCUUUAUUGUGUUUUCAGGUUUAUGAACAUGUUUAUGAGACUGUUGACAUCCAAGGCAAUCCUGAAGUGAGAGCUCAGGCCACAGCUAAGGUGAUUAAACAUGCUACAUCUUUUUUUUUAAAUUUCCUUGAGUUCUCUUCCCAACCUUAGCUAUUCAACCUUUCAGGUCCCAAAAUCCAAUGAAUAUUUCUCACUUCUUACUGCCAUACAGUUCCUUGUGAAUUAGUUAGGAGAAUUAAGUGAUAGAGCAACAUAUUACCCUCUUGCUGAUAAGCUUUUCUCUUCUUCUUACCUUACUUGUUUGCAAAACUUCUUCUUCUUACCUGUUUGCAAAACUAAAUGCAUAUGCAGACAACCAUCAGGUUUAUUCAUCUAACCUAGACCACUUGCACUGGAAGAAUGCAUUUGUCAAGAAGUUAAUGUCACAGAUCAGUGGUAUAAAAACAAUGGUAUGAUUGUUAACAAGAAAAAGCACCAAGCUCUAAUCCUGGGAGAAACUGAGCACAAUUUUUGUUUCCCAGUAAAUAAGUCAAUAGAUAUAUUUGGGAUGACAGUAGAUAAUAGGCUCUCUUUUGAUAAUCACAUAUCAGUUAUCUGUAAGAAAAUAAAUAAUCAAUUUAAUGUAAUGCUUAGAUUUCGGAAACUUAUUAAUAAGGAGAUGCUAUUGAAGCUAUAAAGCCUUUAUUUUGCCGCAUUUUACUGCUGUUCUUCUGUUUGGCAUUUCUGUGGUACAUGCAAUGCCGACAAAGUAGAUAAUCUAAAUAAGUGCAUUUUUAGGUUUAUACUACAGGACUACAGCUUUCCAUAUGACAUUUUACCGAGCAAAGUUAACGUAAAAUCUCUGUUCAUCAGACACCUCCAGAACUUCAUGAUCACGUUAUAUUAGAGUCUGCUCUUUACAAAUUACCCGGGUUAUUUAAAAUAUAUGUUCACCAUAUGCUCUUCAUCCUACAAUUUGCACAGAAAUCUUCGCAACCCAAAAACAAAGACUUAUGGUCUGCACUCUUUUCAUACUUAGCUAGCAAAAUAUGGAACUCUCUCCCAGACACUUACAAAACAUUAAAUUUUCAAGAAUUCAAGCAGGAGAUCCUCAGAUAUGAAGCUUUUCCACAGUAGAUCUACAAGUUAUAUGUCCCUCUGCAUGCAUAAUGUUGUAUAUGGUUUAUAAAUAAUAUUGGAAUUGUAAUAUAGCAUAUUUUGUUUUAUUUUAGCUUAUUUUCUCGAAGAAAUUAGCUCUACAGCUACACUGUGAAUUUUGAGCAUAAAUAAAGUAUAUGUAUGUAUAAAGUAUGUAAGAGAACAUGUUAGAAUCCCGCAGAAAAGUUACAAGUUAAUAACUUCUAGGAGUUAAAGUCAAUCUCUCCAGGAGAAGUGAAACUGUUGUGGUCAACUUUACUAAAAAAUUGAAAAUACCAUCAGGAUGUUAGCUGUUUUGGCAUUUUAAGUUCAUGUCAGCAUGAAGACUCACAUAAUUAAUAACUUAUGAAUUAUUGCGAAGUAUAUAUUAGUUUUUUUUUUUUCAUACAAUCACAUGAUUAAAUCCUUCACUUCAACAUUUUGUCAACAUAUUUUCUGUUGUCAACUUUAUCAAACUUCUUCUUAGCAAAUUUUGAAUGCAGUGGUGUUUAUUUGUAGGCCACGAUUGCUGCUUUUGCUGCAAGUGAAGGUCACGCACAUCCCCGUGUGGUUGAACUUCCCAAGGUAAGCAGAAACAUUACAAUAAAUGUAACAGUAAUACAAUAGAAAUUAUUUAACCCUUUAACCCCUGAGAGUGAUAAGCAUCUAAUUUCUCCCAACAGUACUACUCUUUAAUCAAACAUUAAGGUCAUGAGAAUAAAGGAAAUGAUUAAAACCCAAAAAGCUCUUGAUUGUUAGUCAAAUUCUCCUUCUGAGUAUCAUGGGAAAUGUAUAGAGAACAGAAUGGAGAACUUGCAGACUGAUGUUAGGGUGUAAAGGGUUAAGAAGCCUAAAUUGUAAGGUUACAAGGAAAAUAUUUCAUCUGUGGUUUUGGAUCAGCAAGAUCUUCCUGUGCUCAAUGACAUGAUUGUAAUUUGGUGAAUUCAGAAGUAUUUCCACCUUUUCAAUAUCCAACUGACAUGUUUAUUUGUGUUCCAAUUAACAAAUAGAUUCCAAGUUGCCAUGCAUCUGUUCAGUAAUAGAUCACAGAGGAUGUCAAAAUGUGGUUAGAACUAAAAAGUGGCACGCGAGGCGCAGCAUAGUGUGUCACUGAUGUUCUUACCACAUUUUGAUGUCCUCUGUGAUCUAUUACUGAACAGACGCAUGGCAACUUGGAAUCUAUUUGUUUUAUAUAAUAAAGAAUUAACAAAAGUUUAAAUAAUGACAUCAUCAGAAUGCGUGCAUAACUGAGCUUAUUAUAUAAUAUUUUAUAGUAAUGUUCUGUUGAUGCUGCAUGUUUCCUUUCAGAAUGAAGAAGGGCUUGGCUUUAAUGUGAUGGGUGGGAGAGAACAGAAUUCUCCCAUUUAUAUCUCGCGUAUUAUCCCAGGUGGUGUGGCUGACAGGUGUGUUGAUAAUUUCUUUUAACCCUCUUGAUUGGGAAGUGUUCAACUCGUCAACUUGUUGUGCUGGGUUGUGGGGGUGUUACUAGAUAAUUUGGUCACCAACUGAGUUGAUAUGAAGUAGGCACAGUAAAGAGUUUCUUAACUGAUGUUUUGAGCAUCAGCCCUUUAUCAGAAUAGAUAGACAAAUUGAGGGUUGUUUGGUACGAAUAAUUCCAUCUCUUUGCAUUUGUUAUGGUUCAAAUUAUUUUUUUGGUUUCAUUUUCUUGGAACCAGUUUAAUUUUUUUCAAACUAGCUUAAAAUUUCUAAACUAGGUUAAAAUUUUUUAAAUUGGGUUGAAAUUUUCAAACUGGGUUGUUUUAAAUUGUUGAAAUACUCUUGGUUUGGUGACCUGUUUUCCCUCCAUUCUCAAUGUUCCCAUCCCAAACAAGGUACACAUAAUAGAAUUUAAAGUGAGAUAAUUCUUGUUUUAUCAUUGUAGGAGUGGUGGCUUGAAGCGUGGGGAUCAGUUGCUCUCAGUCAAUGGAGUGGUGAGAAAAUUUUUUGAUUGUUUGUUUCUACCAAAAGUCUUUCUUUUAUAACCUGUCGAGUGAAAGUGAGUCAUUGGAAAUUCAGUAUUGAUAUUUAAUCCUCUAACUGGCAUGAGUGACCUAGAAAGAAUUUCUCGUUACAAAAUUGAUACAAUAUCCAGCAGGCAAGUGAUGAGAAGAAGAAAACUAUCAAUCAGGGGAUUAUAUCCAAUACCCAAUUCUCUGAACUUAUGUGGUAUGAAUUAAAUGGCAGACAGUAAGGAGAAUUUCUAAUGCAAUCUUAGGGGUAAAAGUGUUAAAUUUAGUACCUCUCUUGGAUGAAAUAGAUAGUUAUUGCUGUCCUUGUCAUUUUUUUCAUUCACCAUUGUUAUUGUUUAAAACCUUACUCAAUAAGCAAGUUAGUGAGAUGAUUUAUUGGGGUUUGUUAAUCCAUUCACUGUUAUAUUUUGCAGUGAGUCUUACACAAAAACAUUAGUAUAUGAGAUGAUUCGUGAAUCAGAGAUCACAAUCUAUCUUUAGCCAAAAGUUGACAUGGAAUUUAUAUAUUGGCACUGGAUUAAUGAGCUUGACUUAACUUCAUUAUUUUUCAGAGUGUAGAAGGAGAAAAUCAUGAGAAAGCUGUUGACCUUUUGAAAGCAGCUGAAGGUAGGUUGAAUAAAACUCUGGCACAAAAAACUUGAAGAGUGAAAGCAAAUGAAAGCAUUCUUUUUAUGUGAAUAAAUUUUUUUUUCCAUUGUUCCAUAGGAAGUGUCCGUCUAGUUGUGAAGUAUACACCAAAACGUGAGUUUUUUUUCAGUCAUCAUUUUGAUUUGAAAAAAUUUUUUUUUCGUUGUCUUUGCUUCAUUUGUGAAUGUAGCAACUAUGAAAUAGAACUGGUUUCAAAGACAACAACCAAGAGCAAAAUUAAACAGAAACUAACUCACUAGGUCAACUAAAUUGAUUCCAAGUCUAUGAUACUUUCUAGGAUGACAACAAACACAUGAUUGUAUAGCCCUGUUGUAACUUUUUAAGUGUGUUGAAGUUUCCCCCUCAAAUGUGUAUGAGUGAUUUCAUCUUUGAAGCUAGUGAAUAAUGUAUUCAAGUGAAACUCUUGUGAUUAAUUUGGUUUUUCAGUGCUGGAGGAAAUGGAGGCCAAAUUUGAUAGACAGCGUGGGUCUCGUAGGCGCUGGUUAGUAAUCAAAUUAGAUGAUGCACCUUAUUUUAAACCUGUCUUUAAAAAUUGA